AUGGCCGGGACGUACAGCUCCACUCUGAAGACUCUGGAGGACUUGACCUUGGACUCCGGGUAUGGGGCCGGCGACUCGUGCCGCUCGCUCAGCCUGUCGUCCUCCAAGUCCAACUCACAGGCGCUCAACUCUUCGGCGCAGCAGCACCGCGGGGCGGCCUGGUGGUGCUACUCCGGCUCCAUGAACAGCCGCCACAACAGCUGGGACACGGUGAACACGGUGCUGCCCGAGGACCCCGAAGUGGCCGACCUGUUCUCGCGCUGCCCGCGGCUCCCCGAGCUGGAGGAGUUUCCCUGGACCGAGGGAGACGUGGCCCGGGUGCUGCGCAAAUGUGCCGGCGGCCGGCGGCCGCCUCUGUUCUCCGCCGAGGCUGUGAGGCGCCUGGCGGGGCUGCUUCGCAGGGCGCUUAUCCGCGUGGCCCGCGAGGCGCAGCGCCUGAGCGUGCUGCACGCCAAGUGCACCCGCUUCGAGGUGCAGAGCGCGGUGCGCCUGGUGCACAGCUGGGCGCUGGCCGAAAGCUGCUCCCUGGCCGCGGUCAAGGCGCUGUCCCUGUACAGCAUGAGCGCCGGCGACGGCUUGCGCCGGGGCAAGUCGGCGCGCUGCGGCCUCACCUUCUCCGUGGGCCGCUUCUUCCGCUGGAUGGUGGACACCCGCAUCUCGGUGCGCAUCCACGAGUAUGCGGCCAUUUCGCUCACCGCUUGUAUGGAGAACCUGGUGGAGGAGAUCCGGGCCAGGGUGCUGGCCAGCCAGAGCCCCGACGGCGGAGGGGCGGGAGGCGGGGAGGUGUCCGCCGAGGCCCUGGAGAUGGUCAUCAACAACGACGCGGAGCUCUGGGGCGUCCUGCAACCCUACGAGCAUCUCAUCUGCGGCAAGAACGCCAACGGCGUUCUCUCCCUCCCCGCAUACUUCAGUCCCUACAACAGUGGCUCCCUGGGCCACCACGAGCAGGCCGAUGCUUACGCUCAGCUGGAGCUGCGGACCUUGGAGCAGUCUCUCCUGGCCACCUGUGUGGGGAGCAUCUCAGAGCUGAGUGACCUGGUCUCCCGGGCCAUGCACCACAUGCAGGGGCGCCACCCCCUGUGUCCUGGCACCAGCCCUGCCCGCCAGGCCCGUCAGCUACCACAGCCCAUCACCUGGUCCCCCGAUGCCCUCCACACGCUCUACUACUUCCUGCGCUGUCCACAGAUGGAGUCCAUGGAGAACCCCAACCUGGACCCCCCGAGAAUGACCCUGAACAAUGAACGGCCCUUCAUGCUGCUGCCGCCACUGAUGGAGUGGAUGCGCGUGGCCAUCACAUAUGCUGAGCACCGCCGCAGUCUCACCGUGGACAGCGGCGACAUCCGGCAGGCAGCCCGGCUGCUGCUGCCUGGCCUGGACUGCGAGCCCCGGCAGCUCAAGCCCGAAUGCUGUUUCAGUUCCUUCCGGAGGCUGGACGCCCGAGCAGCUACUGAAAAAUUUAACCAGGAUCUUGGUUUCCGCAUGCUCAACUGUGGGAGGACAGAUCUCAUCCACCAGGCAAUCGAGGCUCUGGGACCAGAUGGGGUGAACACCAUGGACGACCAGGGCAUGACGCCCCUGAUGUACGCCUGUGCUGCAGGGGACGAAGCGAUGGUCCAGAUGCUGAUCGAUGCUGGAGCAAACCUGGACAUCCAAGUCCCAAGCAACUCUCCCAGGCACCCAUCCAUCCACCCCGAUAGCCGGCACUGGACCUCGCUGACGUUUGCUGUGCUGCAUGGACACAUCUCUGUGGUCCAGUUGCUGCUGGACGCUGGUGCCCACGUGGAGGGCUCAGCAGUGAACGGCGGCGAGGACAGCUGCGCCGAGACACCCCUGCAGCUAGCCUCUGCGGCUGGGAACUAUGAGCUGGUGAGCUUAUUGCUGAGCCGAGGAGCUGACCCCCUCUUCUGCAUGCUCGAAGCCAAUGGCAUGGCCUCCUCCCUCCACGAGGACAUGAACUGCUUCAGCCACUCGGCUGCCCAUGGCCACAGGAAUGUCCUGAGGAAGCUCCUGACGCAGCCGCAGCAGGCCAGAGCAGACGUGCUCUCCCUGGAGGAGAUCCUGGCAGAAGGCGUGGAGGAAAGUGACACAUCGAGCCAGGGCAGCGGCAGCGAGGGGCCCAUGCGGCUGAGCCGGACCCGCACGAAGGCCCUGCAGGAGGCCAUGUAUUACAGCGCCGAGCAUGGCUACGUGGACAUCACCGUGGAGCUGAGGGCGCUGGGUGUCCCCUGGAAGCUGCAUGUCUGGAUAGAGUCUCUAAGGACCUCCUUCUCGCAGUCACGGUACUCGGUGGUGCAGAGCCUCCUGCGGGAUUUCAGCUCUAUCAAGGAGGAGGAAUACAACGAGGAGCUGGUGACCGAGGGCCUGCAGCUCAUGUUCGACAUCCUCAAGACCAGCAAAAACGACUCCGUCAUCCAGCAGCUGGCUGCCAUCUUCACACACUGCUACGGCAGCAGCCCCAUUCCCAGCAUUCCAGCGAUCCGGAAGACCCUGCCUGCCCGGCUAGAUCCUCACUUUUUGAACAACAAAGAGAUGUCAGAUGUGACCUUCUUAGUGGAAGGAAAGCUGUUUUAUGCACAUAAGGUCCUGCUGGUGACAGCUUCUAACAGGUUCAAGACCCUGAUGACCAAUAAAUCAGAGCAAGACGGCGAUAGCAGCAAAACCAUUGAGAUUGGCGACAUGAAGUACCACAUCUUUCAGAUGAUGAUGCAGUAUCUGUAUUACGGAGGGACGGAGUCCUUGGAGAUCCCCACAGCUGACAUCUUGGAGCUGCUGUCCGCUGCCAGCUUGUUCCAGCUUGAUGCCCUGCAGAGGCACUGCGAGAUCCUGUGUUCUCAGGCCAUCAGCGUGGAGAGCGCUGUGAACACCUACAAGUACGCCAAGAUCCACAAUGCCCCGGAACUGGCCCUGUUUUGCGAGGGCUUCUUCCUCAAGCACAUGAAGGCUCUGCUCGAGCAGGACUCCUUCCGGCAGCUCCUCUACAGCCGCAGCAGCAAGGUGCAGGGCCUGGACCCACUGCAGGGCCUGCAGAGCACGCUGGCUGAGCGCGUGCACUCUGUGUAUGUCACCUCCCGCGUGUGACAGAUCUGAAGGUGCUGGCCAGCAUGUCCAGCCCCUCUGCCUCCCCCACAACAGCCCUAUCUCUGAGCAUCCAGGUGAUAGAGUGCCAAGGCCAGGAGCGGUGCAGCUGGGGGUGUCCAGGCCAGCAUGGAGCCGGGGCCUUUGACCG